AUGCGUAUCUAUGAUUGUUUUCAGCAUUUGCCUUAUACUUUUGAACAGGUUGCUACAGUAUUUUGGAAUCGUUACCCUAAUACCACUGCUAAACAUGUUAUUAGCGAAGAUUUAAUUGAAGUUGAGAUCGAUGGUCAUCAGAUAAAAACAAAGAAACUUAUAUUGAAGCAAACUGCAACAUUUAUGAAAGCAGUUCCAAAAUGGAUGUCACGUUUAACCAGUGUGAGGGUUGUUCCAACAAUCGAAGAAAGUAUAUUUGAUCGGAGGAAGCGAUCGUUGGUGACUUACACAAGAAAUAUCAUCAUGAUGUCGACCUGUAAAAUUCAUGAACGAUGCAUUUAUAAAUCAAGCUUGAAUAAUGGAGUAUGUGGAACGGUUGUUGAACGUGGUGGCAUUGUAUCAGCGUCAUUUGGAAAAUUAAACUCAAUAGUUGAACGUAUUUUGAUGGCGAAUUUCAAAAACAGUAUGAAGAAAACAAUUGUUGCUUACAUGGAAAAAUUAAAUACAAGGUUACAAUUCACAAUGUAUUGUGUAAAUAUUGUAAUAAAUACUUUAUCAUCAAGUACAUUAGAAUUUUCAAUCAGAAAUUUUGAAUGA